AGUCUUUUCUCAACGGUGGUUCAGUGUGUUUGUGCCGAUGGUGUUUGCUUUGUUUGCCUUUGACAACGGUGGCAGUUACAAUGUUAAUUGCGGCAGCUUAGUUGCACACAGCACAACGAAACAAGAACAACGACGGCAAGAGCGGGCCACUUAAACCGGAAAUAGACUAUUAAACGUUCACAUACGCACACAUAGACAUCAUAUGGUGCGAAAGCCAAGCAGCUAAACAACAAACGGCGCUCUCUCUUUCUCUUCGCUGCUGCCUCUUCUACUGCUGCUGCUGCUGGUGCUGCUCUCUCUCAAGGUCGUCGGCUCAACUCAACACAGAAGACGCCAGCAACGAACUCUACUCCACUCCACACCAGCGCAAUCCAUUCCAUUCCACCCGCAACUAGACGCAACUCGAGCCGCAACACGCAACCAGCAACUGCAACGGCGACGCAACACGGAACCAUCAGCCAUUAGCCAUCCAUCAGCAAGGCGAGCAGAUUCAGUUUUCGGCCAACUUUCGACGCGAAUGCAAGUGAGAACUCCGUUUGUUGCAUUGGAUCAACGAUCGCCGUUGACGGUGGAUUCCUCCUGCCCCAAACGGAAAAAAUGCGAUAUGGAUCGAGAGCGCGAAAGAGAUGUCAAGGCUCUGGAGCCACGCGACUUGUCCUCCACGGGACGCAUCUACGCCAGAAGCGACAUUAAAAUCAGCUCCUCGCCCACCGUCUCGCCAACGAUCUCAAACUCCUCUUCGCCCACACCGACGCCACCCGCCAGUUCCUCAGUGACGCCGCUGGGACUGCCCGGAGCGGUUGCAGCUGCUGCCGCUGCCGUCGGAGGAGCCUCCUCGGCAGGGGCCAGUUCCUAUUUGCACGGCAACCACAAGCCCAUCACCGGCAUCCCCUGUGUGGCCGCCGCCUCCCGCUACACGGCUCCCGUUCACAUCGACGUGGGCGGGACCAUCUAUACCAGCUCACUAGAGACACUCACCAAGUACCCGGAGUCGAAGCUGGCAAAGCUCUUCAACGGCCAGAUACCCAUCGUUCUGGACUCGCUGAAGCAGCACUAUUUCAUCGAUCGCGACGGGGGCAUGUUCCGCCAUAUUCUGAACUUUAUGAGAAACUCAAGACUUCUGAUUGCCGAAGACUUUCCGGACCUGGAGCUGCUGCUGGAGGAGGCCCGCUACUAUGAGGUGGAACCGAUGAUUAAGCAGCUGGAGAGCAUGCGUAAGGAUCGCGUUCGCAAUGGCAACUAUUUGGUGGCGCCACCCACUCCACCGGCUCGCCACAUCAAGACGAGCCCGAGGACCAGUGCAUCGCCGGAGUGCAAUUACGAGGUAGUGGCGCUGCACAUCUCGCCGGACCUAGGCGAGCGCAUAAUGCUGUCGGCGGAACGGGCUCUGCUCGACGAGCUCUUCCCGGAGGCCAGCCAGGCGACACAGUCGAGUCGCAGCGGAGUGUCCUGGAACCAGGGCGACUGGGGGCAAAUCAUCCGCUUCCCCCUCAACGGCUACUGCAAGCUCAACUCGGUCCAGGUGCUCACCCGACUGCUCAACGCCGGCUUCACCAUCGAGGCCAGCGUUGGUGGUCAGCAGUUCUCCGAGUAUCUGCUGGCACGACGCGUUCCAAUGUGAUAGGCUCUGGCUAGGGAUUCCCCAGCUCCCCAAGAAGCUGCAGCUGCCGUUGCACCAUCAGUUCCGGUUGCUCCAGUGGCUUCUGUUUCCGGUUCCGGUUCGGGUUCGGGUUCGGGUUCCCUGCGACGCGGCCGUCUGAUCCAUGUGCGUUGCAGGCGUUAAUCGUUCUGGGUCAGGUGAUCAAAAAUCCCAGCUGGGUGGGGUUAGCUAUGAACAAUUCCAAGUAAAAGAAAUUGCUGAUCAAGGCAAAGGAGAUCGCGUUUAGAAACUGACGAAGCUUAAACGUGAUUUCUGUAGAAUAACUUCAGAGAAGGUACUAUUGCUCAGAAUUCUUCAUAUAUUUUACCCAUAACAACUCGACCCACCCUCGUCGGAGAACGUCUGCUCAUCGCUGCUCUGAGCAGCAAAAUAAAACACUUAGAAAUACUUGAACACCCUUCGCAGCGGAUGCAAGUUCUGAAUCUGAAUCCAAAUGUUAUUUAAUGUUUAUCAAUUAAGUUUGCUGGCACCGACACUGGACGCAAACCCACUCGUGCGUAUUAUUAAGCCUUUAGAGAGCCAAGAGCCCAGCACUGAUUUUGUUUAUUAGCCUUGCGUUUAAGUCGAAUAUUGUUUCUCUAAGUGUACCACCUACAGCUAAUGACCUUGAGUUGUUCCAUUGAAUCGAAUUGGCCACAGUUUGCAGAUGGCUUAAAUUAUUGUAACACACACACACCCACACACACACACACUGGGUAAACUAUGGUAGAGUAACAUAACCCAAGAUCAACUCACAGCGAAAAUAGUUUUGUAGUACUUAAUUGAUGUAAUUGAACCUUUAUGAAUGUAAACUAUGGGAUAACUUUUUCAAUAUAUACGACCGACGUCUAAAUAGUCUACACCAAUUCAAAUAAAAUUACAUGCAAAUAUAGAUAUAUUCAACAAAAUACAGUUUGCGACCACGCCCUCUAUAGAACAACCACUCAAUUGAAUAUUUAAA